UGAAAACAUAGUUUCAGUUAUUGAGGAAGCUCUAAACUCAGCCUGUUGACUGUAAUUUAGCUCCCUCAGAAAGACUGGGAGCAAAAUGCAUACCCGUAAUGUGGAAAAAGACUUUGUACCUACUGAAUCACUUGCAAAGCAAGGUUAUCUUUCUUCAAGAAAGCAUUCUAGUGAAAUAAUCCUACAGUCAGUCUUGGUCUGCUUCAUGUGUGUGACAGUAAUACUAUGUAUAGUGAUUACUGCUCUGGCAGUAACUAGAGUUAAAUUCCAUCAAAAGCAAUCAGAAUGCCCUGAAGCUGCAUGCCCAGAGAGCUGGAUUGGUUUCCAAAGAAAGUGUUUCUACUUUUCUGAUGACACCAAAAACUGGACAUUCAGUCAAAGAUUCUGUGUCUCACAAGGUGCUGAUCUUGUUCAGGUUGAAACUCUCCAGGAACUGCAUUUCCUAUUGAGGUAUAAAGGUCCCUCAGACCACUGGAUUGGGCUGAGCAGAGAACAAGGCCAAACAUGGAAAUGGAUAAAUGGCACUGAAUGGACUGAAUUUUUUCCAAUCAGAGGAGGAGGGGAGCAUGCCUACCUGAAUGACAAAGGUGCCAGUAGCGCAAGGCGCUACACAGAGAGGAAGUGGAUUUGUUCCAAACUAGACACACAUGCCCAAAUGAGGAGGCGAAGCCCUAAGUGAUCUUCAGACACACAUUGUAAAAUAACUGACCAAUUGCUAUCUCCAGUUAUGCUUAUCGACUUUUAAAAAUUUUUUUCUAGUAAAACUGCUUUGCUUAUA